CCGCCCCCUCGCCCCCGGAGGGAGAGCCUGCACGCGCCGCCCCGCGCUGACCGCGGCGGGGAGGCACCUGGGCCGCCCGCCGAGCAGAAACGCCGGCACCCCGCGGGGGCACAGGAGGCUCGCGGCGCCCGGUCCCGAGGAAGGUCACUUUUGGUGAGUCGGAGUCUGGUCCACCCUUAUAUCUCUCUUUCUGGGACCCAAAAGGGGCAGUGGCUCCCUGGAGCCAGCUCUCCUUGUGCACGUGGAAGGAGUACAAGAAGCCAGCCAAGCCACACGAGCACACCUGUGGCCGAUGUCUGCAUCACGUUUGUACCAUUCCAUUGACCAACGUCCCAUCAGGAAGGUAGAGAAGAAUACUCUGCCUACUCUAGAGGCAACAUGGCUGUGUAGUUCCAUUCCAGGGAGAGGGUGAAGAGGUAGACGAUGCUCAGCUGCUGUGGUGUCUCAUUGAGUCGGCGAGGAUGAAAGGAGAAUAAACUCUCAGACUGGUCCAGAGAGGAGUGUGGGAAGGCAUGACUCCGGAGGAGCAAGUGACCUGUCUGGCAAGGAAUUCCACAUCCUUCUGAGACCUUCUUCUCCACUUCAUCUGCCAGACCACCACUUCCUCCUGGGAAAGGGCGCUCAGGGUUUUGCCGUCGGCCACCUAAAACUUUUGUUGCGCCAGCACAAGACUUUUGCUGCAGAAUUGAACAAGAUAUUUCAUUUCAGUUUUGCAUCUUUUAAUCAUCUGGGCUACAAUCAUACUCGUUUUGCAUUGAGAAUUGUAAGCCAAAUUUUUACUAUUAUUUUUGCAUGCAUUUCUCAAAAUGAUCGACUUAAGCUUCCUGACAGAGCAGGAGCAAGAGGCCAUCAUGAAGGUCCUGCAGCGGGACGCUGCCCUGAAGAGGGUGGAUGAAGAGAGAGUCAGACAUUUGCCUGAAAAAAUCAAGGAUGACCAGCAGCUGAAGAAUAUGAGUGGCCAGUGGUUUUACGAAGCCAAGUCAAAAAGGCACAGAGACCGAAUCCACGGCACAGAUAUCAUCCGAGCGUCCAUGAGAAAGAAGAGGCUCCAGGUCGCAGCUGAGCAGAAUAAGGACAGAACAAAUGGGGCAAAGGAAAGCUGGGUGGAUAAUGUCAACAAAGAUACUUUCCUCCCCCCAGAGCUAACCGGUGUUGUAGAAGAACUGGAAGAAGAUGUAGCACCAGCCAGCCCAAGCUCCAGUUGGGCAAAUCCAGCUCCCACUAUGAUUGAUACGUCCCAGGAACACACAAGGAAGUUGGCUGUGUCUCCAGCUAAGCAAAGGAAGAACCCAUUUAAUAGUUCCAAGUUGCCAGAUGAUCACUUAUCUCAGCACACCAAAAAUGAGCAAUGGUUUCCAAAAAAUGGAAGGACUGGUUUCUUUCAGACUUCAAAGGAGGGUGCUUUGUCACAAUCAAAAGAAAAGUCAUCUGUCCUGGAUAUUUCAAGUCAAAAGUCAGAGGAACCAAAGCAGAUUUUUCCAAGCCCUGAGAAUGGAUCCCAGAUCAAAGCUCCCAUCCCCAAAGCCAGGAAAAUGAUCUACAAAGCACAUGAUUCAAAGCAAGAUGGCCACCAGCCUUUUCCCAGGCAAAACACAGACUCCCUGCACCCCAGAGGGGCUCCCCGAGGGAUCCUGAAGCGCAACUCCAGUUCCAGCAGCACAGACUCAGAAACUGUUCGUUUUUCUCAGAACUUUGAACCCAAAAGCAAAAUUGUGUCACCUGGCCUAACCAUCCAUGAGAGAAUUUCUGAGAAGGAGCAUUCUUUAGAAGAUGACUCCUCCUCAAACUCCCUGGAACCCUUAAAGCAUGUGAGAUUCUCUGCAGUGCAGGAUGAACCCCAGCAGAGUCCUGGGCUAAUCCAUGGCGAUGACGUAGGAGAGUUUAGCGUUUUAGAGUCUGACAGGUUGAAAAAUGGAACAGAAGAUACAGAGGACAUAGACAAGUUUUGGGGUGACCCUAAACCUUCCCCAAACAGAAAGCCUUUGCCUUCACAUCAAUCAGCUUUAAGCCCAAGUGCAUCCCAAAAUGAAGCACAUCAGCCAACCUCUUCUGAUUCUUUUCCAAUUCAUGGGUACCAUUCUCCCUCAGAAGUUUUAACUACAAGACCACAGUCCAUUGAGAAUUCGCUCACCAUCAGUGAAUACAAAGCUGAAUCAUCAGAAUUAUCAAGGCUUGAAUCAGAAUUGUCCAAAAGCCCUGCUGAUGAACUGCCUUGUGUUGAGCCUGAGCCAUCUCAGGUGCCAGACCGCAGUUCUAGAGACCAUCAGCAAGGUAAGCCCCUUCUUCUCAAGGCACUAAAAGCUAAGACGUCCUCACGCUCUGGUCCACAUACUACUGAGAUAAGGAAGACAACUGAUGAUUCCAUAUCUAAAGUCCUAGACUGGUUUAAUCGAAGUUCUCAUUCAGAUGACAAUGAGUCACUUCUCCAACAUCCCCACGGAGUAGAACCCAAAGAAAAAACAGACUCAAAACCACAGAUUGCUAUUGCCUUGGUGACAGAUGAUACCAGUCUAAAAGGAGAUAACGCGAAGGCUCUGUUAUUCACCAAAGUUGAAUUGACAUCUGUGGGAUCUGAAUCAGCACUCCAGGUAGAAGGAAAUAUGCUGCCUUCUGAAAACUGCCAAGAUAAUAAUGUGAAUAUCAAACCCAAGUCUACUAAUUUGUCCCGACAGGGACAAGGCAAGGAAUGUCCAGGCACAUUACAAGCAUUUGAAAUCUGCAGUCCAAAUCAAGGAAGUAAACCUAUGGACUAUAGCCAAACAGACAACACAGAAGGAAAUGGGGUACUUCCCCCAGCCAGUAACUAUUCCUACAGUGCUCUCAAAGGAUCUGAUGCAGAAGACCAAGUUCUGUGCAACAGGAAGGAUGUUGGCAGCUUAGAUGAAGAUGAGCCCAAGCUUCAUGUAUAUGAAAAAAACAGAGAAAACUCAAAAGGGAAUUUUGAUUCUUCAAUGACUGACAAAGAACCAAGGUUGAAAGACAACAUGAAAGCAGAGAGAGUGAGUGAAGGAGGAGAUGCUUACAUCCCAAAAGCUUUGUUAGAGCCAGAGAAUAUUGUGUCCCCACCUGGGGCUGCCAACAACAAACCUCCUUGGAAGAAGACCGAGGCCCAACUACAGCAAGACACUCAUGAGCUUCCCAAGUGCCAAGUGCAAAGAGAGAAAUACAAAAGAGUGAGUGACAGAAUAUCCUUUUGGGAAGGUGAGAAAGCUGCUGCUAAGUUAACUAAUAAAGAGCCCAUACCCUCCUGUAGUCAGAGAAGUCCUUCUGCUGAAGCACAUCAGCCUGUAAAGCCUAUGGACAGUUUAUCUUCAGGACAGAGUAAAUAUAAUCAAGCCACUGCGAAACAAGUGGUCCUACACGAGGAUGGCCAAGCAGCCCAUCUUUCUACUUUUUAUCCCUCAAAUAAACCUAAAGAGACCAGGCCCCAAAUAUCAGGUCCAUCUAAAAAUUAUCCUUCAGCUGACCAAUCAGGCAAAGCGUCUCUGUUCCAGAAUAAGAGAAAUGAGCCUAUACAAGGAUUGCCAGUGGCAGACAGCUUGCAUUCUGGAAGGGACAUUGCUUUGUCAGCACUGCGACAUCCUUCCAAUGUUGGAAAUGAAAUACAUACUCCUUUGGAGAAAGACCGUUCCCUAAUUGGUGAAUUGAAUCCCAACUUUGAAGUUAUGGCCCUAAAAGAAAGAAUGGAUGAACCCAAUACAGAACAGAUCUACAAUCACUCUCAAUUUGAGAAUCUGAGAAAGUUUUGGGACUUAGGAGCCAAUUCAAAUACUCAAGAUAAUGUUGAGAAGAACACUACCAUGACAAACCAAAAAAAGUAUGUGCCUUUUAAUAGCCAGAAACAUAAAGAAUUCAGUGGCAUGACAUCAUCAGAGAAAAAUGUCUGUGAAGUAGAGAUGCUAAGCCUCCAAAAAGUUCCAGCAAGAGAGGAAAUAGAGAAAUUAAACUCAAAGUGCACAGUGGAGGUGUUGCCAGAUGAAACCACAUUUCCAUUGAGACCACCCAGAAAGUCUGCUCAUCUGUUGCCAGGAAAUGAGCCAUCAAAGGAAAAUGUGAAAACGAAUACAGAAUGGGUUGUUACUCCAGUGUUCAAGGAAGACAAGGAUUACUCAGACCAAGAGAUUCAAGAAUCCAUAGUGAAAACAAGUGUUUUGCCUAAAGACUACAAAGACACUUUUAAUGACAGUUUACAGAAGCUGCUUUCAGAAGCUUCAUCACCAGCAAUCCAACCUUCUGAUGGAAAAGCUCAUGGAAAACCAGUGCUUGAACCAGAUGGUUCUGAAAAUAGGACAGGGUCUCAAAAGACAGAUUUUGCUAAUACUGAGGAAGAAGCCAAAGGACAUAAAGAGAUCAUUAAUGAGCAUGAAGCCAAAACAGUAGCUCCUCCAAAGGUCAAACCGGACACUUUGACUACUAAUCUAGACAAACUCCUGAAGGAAGCCACUGGAACUUUACCCUCUCCCUUGCAAACCAAGUUGGAACCUGUUACCACUAGUAACAACUCUGAACCUGAAGAGAAUAGAGUUUCUAAAAAGGGGAUAGAAUGGAGUCACAGCGUAUCAGUUUACCAGAAAGAAAUAAAAGUUCCUUUUCUAAAGGGUGAAGAAACUUUGGAAAAUACAGUUCUUCCCCCGAAAGCUCAAAGCGGUUCAGAAGAAGAACCCAGUCCUGUUUUGAAAGCUUUGGAAAGGAGUGCUGCUAGGAAAAUGCCUUCCAAAAGUCUAGAAGACAUUUCGUCAGAUUCAUCAAAUCAAGCAAAAGUAGAUAAUCUGCCAGAAGAAUUAGUACAUAGUGCUGAAGAUGAUCAAAAAGCAGAUCAGGAGCCAGAUACAAACGAAUGCAUACCAGGAAUUUCCACAGUGCCUUCACAACCUGAUAAUCAGUUUUCCCAUCCUGACAAACUCAAAAGGAUGAGCAAGUCUGUUCCAGCAUUUCUGCAAGAUGAGAGUGAUGACAGAGAAACAGAUACAGCAUCAGAAAGCAGUUACCAGCUCAGCAGACACAAGAAGAGCCCCAGCUCUUUAACCAAUCUUAGCAGCUCCUCUGGCAUGACGUCCUUGUCUUCUGUGAGCGGCAGCGUGAUGAGUGUUUAUAGUGGAGACUUUGGCAAUCUGGAAGUAAAAGGAAGCAUUCAGUUUGCAGUCGACUAUGUGGACUCACUGAAGGAGCUGCAUGUGUUUGUGGCCCAGUGUAAAGACUUAGCAGCAGCAGAUAUUAAGAAACAGCGUUCGGACCCAUAUGUAAAGACCUAUCUGUUACCAGACAAGGGCAAAAUGGGCAAGAAGAAAACCGUUGUAGUGAAGAAAACUUUGAAUCCUGUGUAUAACGAGAUACUGCGGUAUAAGAUCGAAAAGCACAUCUUAAAGACACAGAAGCUGAACCUGUCCGUUUGGCAUCGGGAUACGUUUAAGCGCAAUAGUUUUCUAGGGGAAGUGGAACUUGACUUGGAAACUUGGGACUGGGACAAUAAACAGAAUAAACAAUUGAAGUGGUACCUUCUGAAGCGAAAGACUGCACCAGUUGCCCUUGAAGCAGAAAACAGAGGUGAAAUGAAGUUAGCUCUCCAGUAUGUCCCAGAGCCACUUCCUGUUACAGGUAAAAAGCUUCCUACAACUGGCGAAGUGCACAUCUGGGUGAAGGAAUGUCUUGAUCUCCCACUGCUAAGGGGCCACCAUCUAAAUUCUUUUGUUAAAUGUACCAUCCUUCCAGAUACAAGUCGGAAAAGUCGCCAGAAGACGAGAGCUGUAGGGAAAACCACCAACCCUGUCUUCAACCACACUAUGGUCUACGAUGGGUUCAGGCCUGAAGAUCUGACAGAAGCCUGUGUGGAGCUUACGGUCUGGGACCACCACAAGUUAACCAACCAGUUUCUGGGAGGUCUUCGGAUUGGCUUUGGAAAAGGUAAAAGCUAUGGUACUGAAGUGGAUUGGAUGGACUCUACCUCAGAGGAAGUUGCUCUCUGGGAAAAGAUGGUAAAUUCCCCCAACACUUGGAUUGAAGCAAUCCUGCCCCUCAGAAUGCUGUUGGUCGCCAGGAUUUCCAAAUGAAUCCAAAGUCCACGGGCUCCUCCCCUGGAAACUACUAAACAGGUAGAAUCUGAUCUUGCAAAUCUGACUUUGUGGACAGAGAUCCUUACCUUCUAUCCAUUGCCAUUAAUGAAUGCCACACAGCAUGUUCAAGUCAACCUGCAUGUACUUCUUUGGUUACAAAGCCCCAAGAGCUUAGGAAGAACAAAGUGUGUAAUUUCUUUGUGACGCUAACAUUAAAGAAGAUAUUUGAGAAAACUAAGAAAAUCGAACUGUUGCUGCUGCUUCAAAGAAAAAAUUGCCAAAAAUAUUAAAUGGGGGUCAUUGUUAAUGAACAAAAUUUCUCAGUUUCCCAUCACGUGUUUCACACCACAGUAUCCUGCUCCAGUUAGGAGGGCUUGCCACUUGAUGGUUGAAAACCCUUGCGUGGAAAAGUUACAGAAAGAUACUCCUACGAGGGGGAAAAUGGCAGGAUAUCAAUGAUGAUAAAGAAUUUGACCAUAAGAGAACUAUUGACUGUGUAAUUGCUAUUCAGCUAUGGAUCCAUGUUAGGACAAUGGGACUGAAUUUACUGCAUGUAUUUUUGCCUUGAGGAGCUGGGGUCUUUUUUCCCAGUGUUAAGAACAGCCUCAGGUGUGCUCUGGUGCCACCCACUGGCCAUAGAUGGAAUUCAGUUUUUGGCUUAAUUUUCUCCUAAAAUAGAUCUCCAGCCUGUAUUAUAAUUGAAUAUGUAAAAAACAAAAACAAAAACUUUGCAUAUGUAAGAUUCUGUUUUUCUCGUAACUCUACUAUAUGGAAGCAGCAUGAGAAUGAGAAUGAUCUCAGACAUGCUUUGCAACAAGGUCUUAAUUGGAAUGUAAAUCGUUAAUUAUGCUGUACUUCCUAUGUAUGUAUAAUUUUCAUAAAGUAUUUUGUAAAAACCCUUAGAAUAAAUUAUUAUAUGA